CGUCUUGUGUGCGAUUACUAAAGCUGUCGGCAGCAAAUUCACUGAAUUCAGAGUGGAAAUGGAACAAAAAGGAGAAAGAGAAUGAAAGUCUGAAGCUGAGAUUGGAAAUAUCAGAGAACGAGCUGAAAGCUGUGCGAGCGUGUAUAAACGCUGCAGAUGCAGACAUUAAACAGCCUUUAAUAUUUCAAGAUCCCAAAGAGACCCACGCUAUCCCUGAAUCUGAAGCACAGGAGGUGCCAAAGAUAGAAGCAGAUUACACACAAGAGGAGUCCUUUGAGCAGGAGUGGUGUGCAAGUCUAAUGCAGGUUACAGAGCUGGCAUGUGUUAAAGAUGAAGAGGUCCCUCAACAGGAAUGUGUUCCUAUUAAAGAGGAAUUCAUAGAGCAGGAAUGUGUCCCCAUCGCAGAGGAACUUCCUCAUGAAAAUCAUGUCUGUACACUUGAGGAGAACAACAAGCUAGGAUCCAACCUGUGUGAUGACUCUCCAUCUGAAUGUGAACUGGGAUUUAGAGCUUCUAAAGUAGAUGAAGGAGAACACGACUCCACUCUAUCACCCCAGUGCAAAAACGCUUCUAGAGGCAAACCACAGUGUAAGAAACACAGAGAAACAACACCCCAAGAAGAAAAUGUGAAGACAUUGAGAACUCACUCAGUUACAAUUCCUUCUUUACAAGACAGACACCCACUUACUGUGGAGAGUACAGAGACGGCACAUUCUGUAUGUUUUAACAAUUCUGAAACCCAGGGCAACUUGAAGACCUUACCUCAUACUAUUAAAGGUGGGAAGAGUUCCUGUCAAUUAGAUGUUCCUAAAACUCACAACGGAAAUCCCACAGGAGGGACUCCGUGUUCCUGGGCUGAUUGUGGGAAGAGUUUCAAUCAUAUAUCACUGCUUAAAAGGCACCAGCGCAUUCACACAGGAGAGAAACGUUAUCACUGUGCUGUUUGUGGGAAGAGAUUCAGUCAGUUAGGAAACCGCACAAGACACCAUAACAUUCACACAUAUGUGUAAUCCUAUCCCUGCACUUAGUGUGAAGAAGUUAAGUCAGUUGCAGGCUCUUACAGGACUUGAGAACAUUCUCAGAAAUGCAGACACUUGGGGACACCUAAACAACAGGAGUGCAUUCGACUAAAUACAGAAAUAUUAACUGAAAACAAAAGAAUAAACUUGCUUGAUAAAUAGGGUCACCCCUAAUCACAAUCUGUUCAGAUCAAAAACUCACCAAAAUCUGUGUUCAUCAUGUUGUUGAGCAUUCUGAUUGUGUUACAUCACAUUAGUAAUAUAUUAAAUAGAUUGUUAUUAUGA